AUGGGAGCAGCGGCGGUGCCGCAACAGGUAAAUCGAGGAGGGCCGGAAGCCUCUCUGGCGGCGAGCGUGGGCCCGAGGGGAUGUGGGUGCCGGGGGCGGGACGGGGACCCGGCCCUCGCCGAACAGCCUUGCCUUCCUAAAGUAUUUUCAACAGCCAGGGCGAUUCAGGCCAAUAAUGACAUUCUUCUGCUCAGAACCCUCAUAGUAAAAGCCAAGGUCCUUAUCAUUAUCUACAGGGCCCAUGAGUUACCCCCACCAUCUCCCUUCUUCUCUUCUUCUCUGGACUUCUUCUCCAGUCCCCUGCUGAAUGUAGAAGGACCAGAGCCAGCAGUAGGAGAUGUGACAGUGGAAGCAAGAGGAAGAAGUGACGUGAGAAAGUGGCAUGAGCCAAGGCUGAAGAACGAUAGCUGUCUUGGUACUUCAGGUGGGAUUCGUCCUUUUCAGCUUCAAAACUGGAAGCAGAAAGUUAAUCGGACAAAAAAAGCGGAGUUUAUACGCACAGCAGAAAAACUAAAAAAUCAAGUUAUUAACAUAGAAAAAGAUAAACGCAGUCAUUUCUACAACCAAAAAUGUGACUUCAGAAACGAGCAGAAUAUGCUGGAAGAAUUGGAAAAUAAACUGAUCAACAGCAGGAAAACAGAAAGAGCAAAAAUCCAGCAACAAUUGGCCAAAAUACAUAACAAUGUAAAGAAACUUCAGCAUCAGUUAAAAGAUGUGAAGCCUACACCUGACUUUGUUGAAAAGCUCAGAGAAAUGAUGGAAGAAAUUGAAAAUGCAAUUAAUACUUUCAAGGAAGAGCAGAGAUUGAUGUAUGAAGAGCUUAUUAAAGAAGAGAAAACAACCAAUAAUGAGCUGAGUGCCAUAUCAAGAAAAAUCGACACCUGGGCUUUGGGUCAUUCAGGAACAGAACGUGCUUGCAGAGCAGCGUCAGGCAAGGUUCCUGUAGACAAAAUGACGCCAGGCACCCUUCCGGAAGAAGUGGUAGAUUUUGAAAACUUCCUUCAGCAGACAGGAGGGCGACAGGGGGGCUGGGACGACUAUGAGCACCAGAACUUUGUAAAGGUGAGAAACAAACAUAAAGGGAAGCCGGCGUUUAUGGGAGAGGUUCUCGAAAACCUUCCUGCAAGAACACAGGAUGAAGUUCAGCAGCAUGAGAAAUGGUAUCAAACCUUUCUGGCCCUGGAAGAAAGAAAAAAAGAGUCUAUUCAGAACUGGAAAACCAAAAAGCAGCAAAAGAAGGAGGAAAUUUUUAAGUUAAAGGAAAAGGCAGAGAACAUAUCUCUGCUCUUUCACAAUAAAAAAGAUAAUCAAAAGCGAAAAGAGGAACAAAGAAAGAAGCAGAAAUUGGCAGUCGAAGCUUGGAAAAAGCAGAAAAGUAUAGAAAUGUCAGUGAGACGUGCCUCCCAGGUGAAAGAAGAAGAGGAAGAGAAAGAGAAGAAGCGACAGAAAGAGCACCAGCGCCAGUUUAAACUAAAAUUACUACUGGAAAGUUACACCCAGCAGAAGAAGGAACAGGAAGAAUUUCUGAGACUGGAAAAGGAGAUUAGGGAAAAGACGGAAAAGGCAGAAAAAAGGAAAAUGGCUGCUGAGGAGAUUUCCAGGUUUCAAGAGAGAGAUUUACAUAAACUUGAACUGAAAAUUCUAGACAGACAGUCAAAGGAAGAGGAAAAGGCAGAAAAACAAAGAAGACUGGCAAAAUUAAAAGAAAAGGUUGAAAACAACGUUAGUAGAGAUCCCUCUAGGCUUUACAGACCUACCAAAGGUUGGGAGGAAAGGACCAAAAAGACAGGACCCACAGGCUCUGGGCCGCUUCUGCAGAUUCCACACAGGGCCAUCCCAACCUGGAGACAAGGAAUUGAGAAAAGAAUAUGA